AUGGAAGGUCGGAUGGAGCCUUGCGUCGGCACCGUCGUGACGUGGUUCGACUCUGCACGCCGCUGGACAGCCAGCGACGCGAUGGAUCUCCACAUCGACAUCGCCUUGACGCGUCCACCUACGCCGUCGGAGACCGCGGCUUACGGCGAAUUCGAGUCGCUCUCCACUACAACCCGAAGUCGUGGUCCCAUGGUGGAGUUUGGCCGUGCCACAACGGCACAUGGCAGGGAUGGCGCUGACAGCCCCCACGAGGGGAAGUCGGGCUUUUGA